UUGUAAUUGUAAAAUUUCAGUACACAGGGAAAAGAAUGGAAAUCCUUCCAGAUGCAGCUUCACUGGCUACAAAACUGAAAAAUACUCUCAUCCAGUACUACAACAUUGAAGAUAGUGAAUGGCGGCCUGCCAAGAAAACAAAAGAUGCAACCGUGUGGCGCAAGCCAUCAGAAGAAUUCAGUGGAUAUCUCUACAAAACUCAAGGGGUGGUAGAAGAUGUCACCAACAGAAUAGUAGAUCACAUUCGCCCUGGUCCAUAUAGAUUACACUGGGAUAGCUUAAUGACAACUAUGGACAUUGUUGAAGAGUUUGAAGAGAACUGUUGUGUAAUGCGCUAUACCACUGCUGGGCAGCUCUGGAAUAUCAUAGCACCAAGAGAAUUCAUUGAUUUCUCUUAUACUACUCAAUAUGAAGAGGGCCUGCUGUCAUGUGGGCUAAGUCUUGAAUUUGGAGAAGUAAGGCCUAAUUUUGUCCGGGGAUUUAAUCACCCCUGCGGUUGGUUCUGUGUCCCACUUAAGGACAACCCUGACCAGAGUCUUCUGACGGGCUUCAUCCAGACUGAACUUCGAGGGAUGCUGCCACAAUCUGCAGUAGAUACUGCCAUGGCUAGCAGCCUGGCUAAUUUUUAUUCUGACCUCAAAAAGGCACUGAAAACGUAGUCACACAGUGCCUUAGAACUCUGUGUGUUCCUUGCAGUCAUCUAUUUCUUCCUCUGUAUUAUGCUGAACAUGGUUUAGCUGCUUACUUCAGAGGCUAGUAGUAUUUUUCCAAUUAACAUCAGGAACUAUAUUUAAGAGGGAUUCAAUUUUAACAGUAACAUUUCAGGCUGAUAUCCAGCAGGUAUGUACAUAUUUUGCUUCUGCACUUAAGCUUGUGUUUCCUGCCUUCUGAAAAUUACAGUAUGACCAUACAAAAUCCCUUGCUUCUUAGGGAAAGUGUAUCUAAAAUAUGGGCUAAAACCUGAUAAUAUGAAGUGACCUCUACACUCACUGAAGUUGUGAGUGAACAGCACUUGUUGUGUGACAAAAUGUGGGCCUUCUCUGCUGGCAGCACCUCAUUGCAAACGUAACUUUAUAUUCUUUGUGUUUAAGGAAUGGACGGGUAAAGAUCUUAAAGUGUUUGGUCUGUACAUGCGCAUUUGCAGUUUCUGUAUGUUCCAGUUUAUUAAUCCGUAAUUAUUUUAAUAAUGUCUGUUAAGGCUUACCAAAGGGAUAUUAGGUAUUAAUCACUUUAAAAUAGAGUUCUUGUUUGGGAGUUACACACUUGCAACCUCAAAUGCGUGAGGUCUUGGCUUUUCAUAAUGUGGUUUUGUCUGUUUGUUAAAUAUCAUAGCUAGCAGAAAUGCACUUACAGCCCAUCCAAAGCUUGGUGGAGGCUCAGUAGUUUUUCCAUAAUCCUUAGGGGACUUUUGAUCAGGCCCUUGUUUAUCAUGUUAUAAAUUCCUGCUGCAUCCACUCAUCCCUGCACACAAUCCAAUUUUUUUAAAAAGCAGGUGUGUAUUGGUGACUAAACUUGCACUGAAGACUAUAUGGAUAAUGUUAGUAG